AUGAUGGCUUCUCAGACAUCACCCACGGCGGCGAUGCAUCCGCAUCAUGUUGUUCAGCAGGGUCGAGGCCAACCCAAUGGCCAUGUUGCCUUGCAACCGCCGCAUCAAGCAAAGCCAGCGUCGCAUUACCUUCAGCAGGCAAACGAGGCUAUUUGGCUGCAGCUCGGCCACUGCUACCUCAUGAUGGAUGAUCUCCAACAAGCGUACUCGGCAUACCAGCAAGCUCUGUAUCACUUGCCUGAUCCCAAGGUUUGUCAACCCCUCCCUCUCUGGUACGGCAUCGGUAUCCUCUACGAUCGCUAUGGCUCGCUUGAGCACGCCGAAGAAGCCUUCUCCCAAGUCAUGCGCAUGGACCCGCGCUUCGAGAAAGCCAACGAGAUAUACUUCCGUCUCGGCAUAANNUAUACAAGCAACAACAGAAGUUCCAGCAAAGUCUGGAGGUAUGCCUCUUUCCUGUCCGCUGUAGCUGCCGGUAGACUGACCAUAUCCCAGUGUUUCAAAUAUAUUGUCACCGACCCUCCUCGACCAUUGAGCGAAGAGGACAUCUGGUUCCAGAUUGGUCAUGUUUACGAGCAGCAGAAAGAGUAUGACUCAGCCAAGAGCGCUUACAUGCGCGUCCUCGACCGCGACCCCAACCACGCCAAGGUUCUGCAACAACUCGGAUGGCUACACCACCAGCAAAGCACCAGCUUCAGCAGCCAAGAGCAGGCAAUAGAAUACCUAGAGAAGUCGGUCAACUCAGACCAGACUGAUNGCACAAAGCUGGUACCUCCUUGGUCGCUGCUACAUGUCUCAGCAAAAUACCCCAAGGCUUAUGAAGCCUACCAACAAGCUGUCUACCGUGAUGGCCGCAACCCUACUUUCUGGUGCUCGAUUGGUGUGCUGUACUACCAGAUCAACCAAUACCGCGACGCACUGGAUGCUUACUCGAGGGCUAUUCGCCUCAAUCCCAACAUCUCCGAGGUCUGGUACGACCUGGGCACGCUGUACGAGUCCUGCAACAACCAGACCAACGACGCUCUUGACGCCUACUCUAGAGCUGCUGAGCUCGAUCCAACCAACGUGCACAUCAAGGCCCGUCUUGCCCUGCUCAAGGGUCAGCCUACCAACGGCCUGCCUAACCAAGCAGGCGCACCGCUCCCUCAAGAUGUGCCUCCUCAAGCAUACCAGCCGGGCGCUUUGGGUGCUGGCCCACCCGCUCCUCAGUGGGGAGCUCCUCCUCCGGGUCAAGCUCAAGCUGCUCAACAGCCUCCCNCAGGUGCAGAUUGGUCCCGUAACAACCGUCUUGCCGACCUUCAGAACCCUCAGAACCCUGGCGCUCAGCCUCAGAUGCUGAACCCAUACGACUCGAGAGAUCGUCUCGCCCAGCAUGUUCCUCCUCGUCAACCCACUCCGCCAAAGCAAGAGCCCAGGCAGUACCAGGAUCAACCUCAGCGUCCACCCCCUCCAGCCCACAGAGGCCUAUCGCCUUCACCUAAGGUGCUUUACAAUGCUCCUGGACCUGGCGCCUACCCUCCUGCACCCCAGGCACAGACUCCCUCCCAGCUUCCCCAGCCUCUGCCUCAGCAACAGGGACCGGCUCCACCAAACCGCAUUGCCAACCCUAACUAUGGCCCACAAUCGUCUAGUGUACCUCCUCCAGCCGCAAGCAUGGGUGCCCCUCCACCAGCUCAGGGCCAAGCCCCCGGCUACCCUAACAGGAUGGCCAGCCCUCCUGAGAUUCGUCCCAUCAUCGACAACCAGACUUCUCCUAAUGGCAAAUUUGGCCGUCAGCCCUUUGAGCAUCACCCUACUUCUGGUACGCCUAGCAUUGCCGGAGGUGCUCCUCCACCUAAUGCGGCUCUGCAGGCAGCUGAAGCAGCAGCCAGGGAGCGCGAAGACCGCCCUUCGACCGCUCCUCCCAAGAGACAUAGAGAAUGGGAAGAUGAUGCCUCAAGCAUGAGCUCACAGAAGAAGCCCGCAAACGAAGAGAGCCGCUCGCGUCUGGAAGACCCUAGCAGCAGACGUGCUUCGCCACCAGACCGCAUGGAUCGUAUCCCGAAGUCGCCGUACAGAAGCCCAUCAGAGGUGCGACGUGCAGAUGACCAGCGACGUGCUACUGAAAACUACCACCCUUCCGAAGCCGCACACCAUCCACCAGCCCUAGGACCCGCUCAAGUUAACCCUCAACCCUCUCCUCGCAUUGGUGCUACAGAUGAGCGCAGGGAACAGCUCACACCGGCACCUCCAACUCAGCAGCUUNCCCCUCCUCCCCAGCCUCCUACUCAAGCUCCGACACCCGUCCAGUCUCAGGUCCCGCCACAGCCUCAGCCUCAGCAGCCUCACUUGGAGCCCGCGGCUCGCAAGAUGGAGAUGGACGAGGACUAUGAUGACAGUGGUGACGAAGAGAAGAGGCCCAUCAAGCCUCAAAGUGAAAGGAACAGCCCGAAGGCAAGCAACGGCGCUGGCCACGAUUGA